AUGACCUCAUACCAUUCGCAGCCGGACGCACUGGCGGAUGUGCAGCUGGAUGCCUACUACAUGGAUGGCCUGGACGAGGACCAGCGACUGCCCCAUAGGCACUUCGUGCCCUGGGACACCAUCAACGUGUCGCCAGCCACCCUUCCGGAGUACGAUGAGAAGAUCAAGACCUUCUUUGAGGAGCACAUCCACACUGAUGAGGAGAUCCGAUUCGUGCUGGAAGGCAGCGGAUACUUUGACGUGCGGGACCUGGAGGACCGCUGGAUCCGCAUCCAUGUGAAGACAGGGGACAUGUUGGUGCUGCCCGAGGGGAUCUACCACCGCUUCACGCUGGACACCAGCAACCACAUCAAGGCCCUGAGACUCUUCAUCGGAGACCCGGUGUGGACCCCUCUGAACCGGCCGCAGGAGACACACCCGUCGAGGGAAAAGUACACGUCAUCAUUUCCCAUCGCUGUAUAA